AUGAAAAAUUAUGGUUUAAUUCUAUUCGUGUGUGCAGGUCUGUUGCUUAGCGGCGGUACGAUCCUCGGUGGUUCCACUGCAUGGAGUUUGUUGCGAAUGUCGUACUAUUUCUGGACGUCGGAUCUGGGCGUGGAACUAAGCUCCAGCGUUCUCUUCGUGUCGGGAUCAUUGAUCUGCUUACCCGCAAGCUGGCUAGCGACAUUAGUACCUUAUCAUCCACGUUCAACUACACUUCUAGCUACCCUUAUGAUACUAGUGACGUCUGGAAUGAUGCUGUUAUCAAUAGGAGUUUCGUCCAUUAUGGGUCUUUCACGAGCCUUGCGGGAUACCAAUGCUCUUAAUACCAGCAUGCUUCGAGCAAUGUCUUUUGAAACAGCGGCUGUAAAAAGUGCUUUCGCAUCAAUGCAGUUAGAGAUGAAAUGUUGCGGCGUAAACUCGCCUUAUGACUGGUAUCAAUAUGGUCGCGUUCUACCGCCGUCUUGUUGUGGUCGUGUUUGGAUCGGAAAGCACUUGGACCACUGUGAAAGUCCGCUGUAUACUGUUGGAUGCCUGCGUCCUGCGCGGGCUGAAUUGCGUAUGUACGCGAACUCAUUAGCGGUCCUGAGUUGCGCUAUAAUAAUAGUUAAGGCGGUGACGUUAUUCGCGGCAGCGUACACUCUAGUGACGAAUGCCCCGGAGCGCCGCGCGGGAAGCAAGCCGCAGCCGCUGCACAUCGCGUGCCUCGCCGCGCCGCUCGUGGGGCCCCCUCACACGUUCCCCAACGCACCUCCCCUCCUAUGAGUCUCACCCUCAUAUGAGUGUAUGACGAGAUUCGAUCAAAAUUAUGAGUUUAGUUUUACUUGUGAAUUCGUUUGUUUUUAACAUGCUUUGGUAAAAAAAAAACAAGUAAUUGUAUUUGUUUUGAUUUUAUUUAAUUAUUAUUCCUGAAAAAUAAAUUAUUAUUUAAGUGUGUUUAGGGUUUCACAGCACGUGUUUGCAAAAGAAACACGUACUCGUACUGAAAUAAAUUUACUGUGUAGGAAAUAAAUAAAUUUUUAUUGUCAUA